AUCUUCUUGUGGCGAGCUGGUUUACCGAAAAUGGCACAAUAUCAUGUGAAUAAAAAAGUCAGAGCCAAAGCCAAAGCCAAAACCAGAGCCAGAGUAUCCACCCGCACCCGGAAGUCGAGAUAUGGGGUGGAUAUCACCAGCUCUCUUCAAGACAAAGAUGAAGUGGUGUAGCUUCCGCCUCCAUCACCGAAACCGCAAUGCCAAGCAAUGCAGCCAAAAAGUCUUGUCCCUAUCCUCUUUUCCCUUGUUCCGUUGGGAAAACCUUGAUCUUUUCCUCCUUAGUCAGCAAUACACGCCUACCCGUUACCCAAUUGGCUGCUUGUCUCGUUAACGCACGAUAGCAAGGUAAGGCAUCCCACCUUAACUUAUGUCCCGAACGCGCUUCCCCCAUCGCGUCUUCCAACAGAAUCCUCAAUCUGCCUACAAUCCUUCAUCCCUCCCCCCCAUACACCCAUAGCUCUCACCCCUUCUUGUUCCUCCUUGAUCCCCCCCUUCCCCGCUUUCACUUUUAUUUCAUUUUUUUCCUUCUUCUUUCUUCUCCCCCCUUCUACGCCAUAAUUUUCAUCCUCCCUUUUCAACUUCCCACUUUAUCUAUUGGUCUGUCAUAUCCAACAGCUAGCACAAUUAUCUGCCUGCUGUUGCCCUAAUUGUCCUCGGGUAAUCUUCCAAUACCACAACCACCACCUACCUUCUCAGCCCCCUCAUCAUGCCCCGCCAUGUUCAAAUCCAGGAGGAUCCUUCCGAUGACGAUAUAGCUUCUUCUCCACCUGCUCGUCCCGCGCGCUCCUCGCGCGCCAAUCCAAACGUUUCGCCUUUUUCUUCAUCGGAUAAAGAGAACGCUGCCUCGGCAGCGAAAGUAAGUAGCAGCAAUUCCAGGGAGCAUAGGACCUCCAAUGGUAGAUUGUCUGGGAUGAGCUCCACCCAGAGGUCGCAACAGUUGCUCGAGGAUGAAUGUGACAAGGACGCCUACGAUCCCAAUCAGGACCCCGAGGAGAGGAGGAGAAUUAAAAAGGAGUAUCGCACCCUUCAUAGAACUCUGUUGGAUUCUACGCAGGAAUUUUUAGGGCCCGAAAGCGACGGUUUAAAAAAAACUUACUUGCGCGCGGAGGAGCUUUACAAGAAUGUCAAGACUACUUCGGAUGCGACACUCGACUCGCGCCUCCUCGUUACCGCCACAGACUUAACCUUAAAGAAGGCUACCAACCUCACUUUUGGUGGAGGAGUCGGCGGUAUCGACAACGACGAGUUCGUCGGAAAAUGCAUCACUUUCAUGAAGCAUCGUGCCCCGGCACACCGUGGCGUCCCUGCUGUAGAGGAGCAAGACGCCGACGAAGACGGAAUCAGUUGGGCCCGCCUUGGUCGAGAAGCCGCCUCUAAAGGAAACAAACGCCCUGCCACUACAGAUUUCCUUCUUGGGCCACUUUCAGUAACAAAGAGGAUACGGGUUGCUAGACAACAACGUCGGGGUUUGAAACGUGGAGAGGGAACACUCGUCAGACCCGUGGAGAUAGAGCAGGGAGACGAACAGGCCGAGAACAACGCAAACACUUCCCUCCGACUUGUAAGAAAUGUUCAUACCGCUCUAGCCGAUUAUCUCAAUGAAAACGAAGAUGUUGCCGAGAGCGGUCUAAAUCUUUUCCGAGCAGUCGUCAACCCGCACAGCUUUGCACAAACAAUUGAAAAUAUAUUUUAUGUUAGUUUUCUUGUGAAGGAUGGAUUCGUUUCAGUUCAGGAAAACGAGGAUGACCUCCCAGUUAUCUUCCUGGCUGAACCCGCUGAAGCCGAAGAGCGCGAGUCCAUGACUAUAAAACGUAGUCAGAUGAUUCUUUCAUUAGAAAUGCAUCAAUGGCAAGAGGCGAUCAAAGUGUUUGACAUUCACGAACCUAUUAUUCCCUCGCGCCGGGAGCAUCGAGAGGACGUUGGUGCUUCGGGAUGGUACACUUAG